AUAGGUUAGGAUACGGACAUCAUGCAUCGCUUGUACGACGUUUGGAUGACCUCGGCCGGGAUUGGACCAUGUCUAUUGACCGGCACGGCCAGCACAUUGCACUACUGCGCGACCGACGCCUGGAGAUUCGCAGUUCUGCGGACAACUUUAAAGUGUGCCGUGUGCAGGUGCGUGUAACGGAAGACAGGGCACCCAGAUGGCGUGUAAUGGCCUGGGGCGGGGGAGCUAACCUAUUGGCCGUUAUUUCCGGCGGUAAAAUACACAUCGUCACCACUCUGGGCAAAAUCUGGUACGAGAUAGACAUCUGUUCAUCGCAACAGGCCGCCUCAGACUCGCGCCCCAAAAGGUCAAUGGGCGGAAACACUACUGCCAAAGCACGGUUAGACCUGUCGUCAGCUGUCGCGGCUGUAGGGUUCAUGGACGUCACCAGCGUCAUGCACACACCGUCACUCACAGACGAGGAGACGACGACCGGUGCUACCACAACGUACCUCUACGUGCUGUUUUACAACGCCACGCUGUACUGCUACGAGCUGAGCCCUCCGGAGAGUGGGAGUGCGUACACGCUCAAGCACAUGGAAGACCUUUCCCAGAGCUUCACCCUUGCCACUACGCUGACGGUGGAUGCUGCUCAAGCACGCCUGGUGGUGGGGGGCUAUCCGGUUUCACGGAGUCUCCCCUCUGUGCAAUGCUAUCGCGUAUCUCCGGAGAGCAACGGCACUUCACAUGUGUACCGUGUCGACCUGAUCCCCUCAAGCACCACAGGCGAACCUGCAACAGCCCAGACCCCAUCCAGCACGGACAAGAAUCAGACGCUGAGUGGCAGGGCCACCCAGGCUAGUGGCCCAUUUAUGGUCAAGACCGAUUCCAUUGUAUGGCGUGCUAUGACAGCUGUGGUUCCCCCAGCGCUACUGCCCGGUGCUUAUCAGCGGUGCCCGUACACUGCACACACAGCGUUCGAUCAGAAAGGCGCCCGUCUGUUGGCGCUGGAUGCUACGGGUGCGCUGAGAGUAGUCGCAUAUCCAUCGUUUCGGCUGCUGAGCUAUAUCUCAGCACACACGCUCAAUGUGUGGCUGAUGUACCAGCACACCACUGCGAGAGGAGGGACGAGAGUGUCCGACGACUCUGAGACAGGACUUAAUGGGCUCAACCAGAUACUCGACGAUAGUACUCCUAGUGGUGAAAGCAAAGGCGUUUCUGCAGACGAGCGCAGAGUGGGCUACGAUAUCAAGAUCAAAGACGACUAUGUAACAGGCGCAAGCUGGUGGGAUACGAAUUGUGUGACGCUGACCUCCAAGCACGGGCUUGUGUUCGUUGUGAGUAUACGCACCAAUGCGGACGAGAAAGCGGGGGAUACGAAGGCCACCUCAGGUGUAAGUAACGCACACACAGGCAGCUCUGAAAAAGGCAGGGAACUUCGUACUCGUAUUGGUCGCGGCCCGACACAGGGCGAGACUGCGGAGGCUAUUGUCGAAUCCGCAGGAAUACCAGACAGCGAGAGAGAAAUCAGGUACAUUCGCAAUCUGCUGCACGGGGGUGUGCUGGUGCUGCAGCCAUCGGCCCAGGUCACUGCGUCGGUGGUGCGAGAGCGGGGCUUUGCGUUUCUGGAGUGGGAGGAGAAGGCGCUACCUGUGGCCCACCCGCAGUUUGGCACUGAGAAUCAAGCGGGGGUCAAAACCAGUGAGGAAGCAAAUGGAGAGAUUGCGGGUAACGGGUUGCAGGCCAGCACCGAGGGUACGGACGAGCAUCAGAGCACACAUCAGCAAACAGCUACAGACACGACUACAGGUACACAUGCGGAGAAUACUGAUGGCAUGAGUGCUGCGAAAGCAAAGCAUGCGGCUAAGAACAAACUUAACAUCGAGAAGGAGACCGCUAGCACUCGCGGCCCGAUCGUGUUCGUAGUCGGAUUCCUACUACUGUGGACGCUCACCGCCACCUCCAUGUACGCGUGCGUUUUCCGCGUCUACACCAUGGGUCAGCUGCUGGUUAUUGGCGCCAUCGCCGCGUUGUGUGGCGUACUGUUGCUGUGUAUUUACUCGUAUGUCGCGUGGGGUAUGUCCUUGCCCGAUGCCUUGCGCGGAGGGGCGGCCGCCGCGCUGAACGGCAUAGUGCUGCGCGUGCACCGCACAUACCACCGGCUGGGUGUGGUGUCGUACGUGACUGCUGAGGAACUGCUAACCGCGCGAGUGCGCGACAAGCAGUUCGACGUGGCGCUGAAGCUGGCGGCUGUGUACAACUUGAAUACCGAUGUGGUGUACCAGCAACAGUGGAUGGACACGUGCGGUGUUGAUCCCCUGGCCAUGAGUAGAUACCUGGACCAUAUCUCCGAUGUGGACUGGGUGUUGAACGAGUGCACCACAGUCGUGCUGGAGACCGCCGACCGGUGCCGCGAGCUGCUAGAGUAUGGUCUUAACUUGACCAACAAUAGUGACACCUGGGAUCACACGGACGAAGACUUGCAGUCACCAAACGUAGGAGCCCCUAUGAAUCAUGGUACCGAACUUUCGGAUGAGAACGCGGACGCGGACGCGAAUGCGAUGGGGUCGGUCGGGCACUCUGUGCCCUCUGAGGAGCAGUUGCGUAUGUGGGCGUGUCGGCGCCAGUUGCUGCAGUACUCUGACCGGUUGCGCACAUACGAAGAGAUUUUGCUGCGCACAAAGGAACAUUUCAAUCCCUCAGAGUACAUGGUGUUUCGGGAGUGCAAUCUCGUGGAUGCCGCGCUGCAGUUUGCACGUGAUCAGCACUUUGAAGCGUUGCACACACUUCUGACGUACCAUCACCAGGCCACUCUGCCCCACUGGCUAAGCAUCCUGUCGACUGUACCGGAAAACGUUCAUCCAGACAAUUACGCAACAAUCCUACCCAAGUGCAACGUAGACGACAAUGGGACGGUCGCCGUUCAGCAAUGGCUGGUACAAAGUUGGCGGGAGCCGGACUGGGUGGAGAAAGAGCCCUACCUCUCUUUGAAAGGUGAGCAGUGUGUCGCCUCCUCGGCAGAAACGCACAACACACACUCACACCCCACUGAGCCAUCCGCCUCUAUUGUGACUUUUGACCUCCCGACCAUCGAGAGCAACCCCACUGCCACGGCUGCGGCUGCAGACGCGUGUGUGAUCUCUGGAUUGAACCCUUCCUCGCUGACGAGCUGGUACAUAUCGCGGGUGAUCGAGAUUGAUUCUCUCAGCGGGCAGGUGGACAUUGCGCUGGCCCUCGCACGCGCAGGCGUAAGAGACGGCGUGCCUGGGCUGGAGGGUAUUGAGUCCAUUGCCGCCACACUCACCCUGUUGGUCUUCAAGGCCCAGUCGGUGCCGCACGGCAUGCACCUCGACGAGUACACCACACUGCCGGGCGUGACCCGAUUCGCGCUGCUGUUUGAGGGCUGUGAUACGAAUGACACCUUCAUCAAGCGCUUCGAAAAGCACGGGAAGGCUUUUCUAUCGGCUCUGUCGCAGCUUAGUGUGUCCAGUACGAAGAUCACACCCACGCAGAUGCCUGUAAUGCGCCUACCCACCGAACACACACCGAUGAGUACCUCGUUCCGGUCGUGGGUGGGCUCGAGCACACCUACGCUUACCACCAGCACACUGUACCGCCGGGCGAUGGCGCGGUAUAGUCCUGGUGUACUGGCGCACCCAUCGACACACACAGAGGAAACACACGGGGGAGACGACGUACCCCACUCCAGGACGAGUGCGCGCAGGGCCCAUUCCGUGGUGGUGAACCCCGGGCGUAUUGCAAGCGUAGACGAGGGCAUGUCCAGACACAAAAGCAACCCCGUAGCACCGCUGGACACAGACAAGCAGGCACUGUCGGCUACGGAUGAGGGGGCGAGGUUGUUGAGCAGCUACAUGACACAGCUGGCACAUGACCAGUAUCUUGCACGGUGUCGUUUGCUGCUGUGCGAGGCGGAUUCGCUCGGGUUGUGUGGUGGUAAAGCGUGGGGGAGUCGCCGUGCUGCGCCAGGUCUUCAGACGCUUAAGGACACGUGGAAGGGGAUGCGCGCGGAUAUGGCGUUUACAGAGCGCAGAGACUCCCUGGAGACGCGGGCGGAUGUGCGUGUGGGCCGGCUUGACUUGCUGGCCAUAGCAGUGGAGUGCGUGCAUGCGUGCGACGACACGGCUCAGUUGGGCGAGCAAAGACGUAUUGCCACGUGGAUAAAGGAAACAGUCGAGCGAAUACGCGCAGAGCAGGAUACCAGCCUUCCGCUCGACACGGAGGAUGCGAAUCAGCCAACAGCGAACGCUAACGGCGGAGAAGCCGUUCCCAUAGCGCUUACGACUGAAGACUUGCUGCUCAGCGCUCUCUUGACGGUGCAGUUUAUAGAGGCCAGCCAUAAGCUGUGGCAGUACAACGUCAAGAAGACAGUUCGCGACAUCAGCGAGGGUGGCGCUGGCCAUGCGCAGGAUCUGAUCAAGUUGAUGUGCAAGAACGCUUUACAUCAACGCCCCGCGCCUACGGCAGAUCAGUGGCGAGAGCAGCUUGGACUAAUGCUGGAGCUGAAAGACGGCGUGAUGGCAGGCCAAAUCACUACCGAGUUUGUGCUUAGCAGUUAUCUCGAAGCCUUGCUCAAUACCAACAACGCCGUCAUCAUCACUAUGGCCCGUGAGGUGAUCGCCCCGGCUACCAGCUCCCAUUCUAAAGAUAGCGACCAAUCGAAUCACGAUACCGUUGGUACCCGUGAUGGGUCAAGCGGAUUAGACACAUCAAGUGUGUCGAGUUGGCGAGACCAAAACUGGGCUCCGCCUACUUUGACCCAAAAACAAGCCGAACCGAUCGUGGUCAAGGCCGCCAGAGAGUAUUACAACUCGGCAGUAUCGGUGCGCGACACCGCACUAGACAUCAGUAGGGCGUGUCUGCGUUUGCUGCCUGCCAGUACUAACGCCCGCGGGACGUCUGUUGCUCGCAAGCACGGGAAUCAAUACGGACACACACACACACAGGCGGGGUCGCAUGAGAACAUGCACGAGGAGAGGAGCAAUCAGAAUGCCCAGAAAUCUGUGGCAUUUUCCUCAGUGGCCGAGGAGCUCCGUUUACACGAGGUGUGCGUGCGAGUGAAAGCGCUGCCGAAGUCUGUGUCUGAGCGGCUGGUGCCUGUACAGUUCCGCAUACUCGACGAUGGCGAAAAACUGCUUGAGCACGUGCUUGGGCUUUGGUUUCCUUUGCCCACGGGGGCACGUGGUCACACGGCCAAGGAGAGACGGAGAAGGAGGAAGCCAGAAACACACACACACAUGCAUACACCCAGAAAACAACGCACACGUACGCCUACACAGACUCCCACGCCUAUGCAUGGAGGAGGGGAAGGUCAAGGGAGGCAGCAAGUACGAGGUAGCAAGACACGAGCACGCACAGGCGCAGGGGCCGAUUGGUCUCCGUCUGAUAGUGGGGUGGGCGAACAGGACAAUGCUACACUGGGUGUACAUAACAGGGGCAAUGAAUUCACCAGCACCAGCGCAGAAGAUACAGACGACAGCGAUGCCAACGAUGGCCGUGCGGUGUAUGCCACACCUCGUAGCACACCGGCGGACACAGUUUCACACACACUCGCAACGACGGACCCACACAAACGCACAAACCUAUCAGAGAGGAGCGCGCACUUGUCUACGGCAAGACCCGCCACCGCCACGCCCAAACCAACGCCAGCGUUGAUGACCCGCGUGGACGUGUUGAAGCUGAUAUCCCUCGCCGAUGCCGUGGGCAUGUAUAGCCCCGGAAAUGCCUCAGAUGUACAGCGCGGGUUUAUGCUGGGGCUUUUGGCCGUGCACGCGCUGCGCACCGGCGCCCACACCACGUCGAAGGCGCUGUGCGAGGAGAUCAUGGAGUCGCCAGUGACCUUGGCGCUGGGCUGGGACGCGUGCCUGCAGUUGGGAGAGUGUGCGGCAUAUACGGACACCCAGGCCAGGCGUGCCUGCUUAGGCGCUGCGGCACAGAGCUGCGGACGUCUGGUGCUGGACAGGGCGUUGAGAGCGCUCAGAGUCCUCGAGUGGGAGGAGGCUCGCGCGGCUGUACUGGCCACCGGUGAGGUGUCUGAGUUGGCUGCAACUGCGGCGAUAGGGGACAGAGGGGGUGUGAAGGUGAAGGGCAGCUCUGAGGGUACGAGUGGUAGUGUGCGUGGGGAUGCCGAUAGGGAUGCCGAUAGGGAUGUGGAUGUGGUGGACUGUGUGUUGCGGGCCAGUGUGCGGCAUGUGCAGGGCAUGGAUUGGAGUGGUAAAGACGGGCAGAUGGUGGUGGCCUGGGGCAGUGGGAAUGUUAGUGUAGGGCUGGAUAGUGCAGACACAGACACUGCCACGCCUACGACCGGGUCACGGAGAGUGGGCGCACAAGGAAGGGGUGGUGCGUUGUCUGGCGAUAUGAAGAACGUGGCGUUAAGUAUAGCGUUCACAUGCCUGGACAGUCGGCUGCGGAAAGACACCAGAUACCCUCUGCGAGGUAGUGUUGAUUCGAGUAGCAGAAGUGGUGGCGUCAAGGAGAAGGAGCGUAGUGCUGCGUCGGGCCAAACUGGAGGGCACGCUGGACUUCAGCGGCUGAGUGCUCUGUCAGCGCCUGUGGCCGCGCUGAGGCUGCACAUGUUGGAUCAGUUUGCGUAUGACGAGCCCCCACAGCGCCGAGGCACCAACUGUCUCCCACUAGACAUCGCGAAGCACGCGCUGCGCUCCGAUCCGCUGUUGUUCGUGUCGUCUCUUGUCGCUGUCGGGCAGCCUAAUGAGAUCGAUGCCUUCCUCGAGAAACUGCCGCGGCAGCUCCAGACCAGCGAGUUGGGGGUGUAUAUUUUCAGACUCAGCUGCGUGCUCGCCCGCCAGACACCAACUGAUAAGGAGUCACAGCUCGCAUCCUCGUGGGCCACGGAGCCCUUUGCCGAUACGAUCGCACGUUCCGAACAGGAGUCCUACAGUCAAUGCGCCACACUUGCAUUGGCGCACAAGUGGGAGGCUAAACUGUCGGAUAUCAGACUGGGAUCGGAAAUUGCAACGCACAUGGAGUUUUUGGAUGAAGAUAGAUUCCGCGAUGACUCAGACUACCAGACGUCUGUAAUGGACGAGUUGCUGCAGAAGCCACGAGCCGAUACCUUUGACGCGGCCGUGCAAAUGGCCAAGCGGUACGAUCUGGAUGUGUGGGAGAUGGCCGCAAAACACCUCAAGGCAGUGAUGACUCAGCCUUUGGAGAGCAACGUGCGCAAAGCUCGUGUGCGGGAUGCCAAGACAUACCUGUUGGCCAACCCCGACCGACUGGAGCGAGCGCUGGUUGCGGAUAUCAUGCCGUUGCUCGACGGCACAGACCUGCCGGGCUUUCUAAUCUGUUAUGAACUAGCUGUACUUUGUGCAGGACCAAAUGGUGCAAACGGCCCCCAAACGCCCCCCUCGGGGACAGCGCUACCCAGAAAUAGAAAAGCGGGUUCUCCCUCGUCACUCCGAAGUGGUAAUUCAACAAACACGACCGUAUACGACCAUGAUAUCCGCUCUUUGCAGCGUCUCAAACUCAUCGGGCUGUUUAGGAAGGGUGCAAACGGCCCUGCACUUGACUAUCGCAGGUUGAGGACCGGCGGUCAAGCGACAUUGGACGCAGCGCUGGAAGUGGCUACCUUCAAGAACAUCAAGGGGCUUGCUCAGGUUGUAUCGGCCAUCACCAACGCAGCCUAUCUCGAUGGCACAUUGGAUGGGGCGCGUGUGUCUGCAAAAAAAACAUACGCGUACUUCAUCGCUCAUCGUCUCCAGCUCGCUUGGGAAACCUAUCUCAGCGCGGCAGAAACCAAAGCGGUUGUACACACUGCAGCGACGCACACUCGGUCGACAGGAACCAACGAAACGGACAGGCACUACGACUACAACGCACUGAGAUCUGUGCGUGAUGCAUCGAAUAACACAGAGGUGACCGAGAGCACAGCGAAGGAUAGCGGCGCAAACGCCUUCCUCGAAUUGGCGGAGCAUGUGUGUGCAAGUGACGUCUUCCUGUCACUUCUGAGUGGCGAGGCACUGCUACAUAUUGUCCACUCACUGCUGCUCGUCAGUGCACAGACACAAGGAGACGGAAUACGCACGCCAAACAAGCAGCUGCCUUUGCAACAUCGAUACACUAUUCUACAGCGCGUACGAGCUGCGUGUGACCACAGCAAGGCCAACGCGUCAGAGACCAAACCAUCGAACGAGGCACAGCGGAAACGGAAGGAGAGGCAGACAGCUGAGGAACAUCGCAUACUGCAACGGAUCGAGUACGCGUGUCAGCAUGUGCUUAGCUUGACUGAAGAUCCCGUCUACGAGACGCUCGCUACUGUGGGGCGGCCAUGUUACACCGCCCAGCUCGACGCCGCAUUUACCCACAGUCACACACUCUUACGUGUGCUUGCACACAUGGCCAUCAACCAAAGUGUACAGUGGAGCACGCUUGUGCAAUGCAGAGAAGCCCUUGUACGAGUCGAAGAACGCAAUGAUGCAAAGGAUCAGGCAGGCAGUCAGGAGAAGGUCGUUGAUAUGGAGCAGGUGCUUACCCUGGGCGUAGACAGAGCCUUAGUGGAGUGCAUGUCGAUGCUGACUAACGGAGAUGAGGUGGAGCAGAUCAGGCAGAGAUUGGAACCUGUGUUGCUGUGCAUUGACGAAUACAUAGCCGACGAAGAAACAGCACCAGUCAAUCAAAACCACGAGGAGGUGGAGAAUGUCACAGGAGCAAAUCAAACCAGCGCGUUCAGGGCCAGUGUCAAAAACACACUUACCAAUGUAGUGUCAAAUCAUGAGUAUGCUCUCCCCAACCGUCUCGCGUUGCUGCAGAUUCUCACCGAUAAGCGCUACUACGAGGACGAUGAUACGUGUCAGUUGGUGGCUCUGUAUUGCAAGAUUGAUAGUCUGUGCAGAGCCGUUGGAUUGAGCCUGGAAGACAUUUCCUCGGGUGCACCAGAAUCAACGGAUACUACGGCUUCAGAGUCCAUAGGAAGCACGAAUACGCAGAUGUUGGCGGACAUUCCAUCGCGUGAACACAUGCUAUCAUCAUUACUAAAUACGGAUGGUGUGAGCCAAAGCCCCGAGCAGCUGGCUGCGCUGAUAGGGAUUGUAGCGCUGCUGUGCGAGCACGAAAACGCCACAGAUGGCACUAUGCAUGCCACCAAUACCAAUGACGCAAGGAAAGCGGUGCAGAGCGAGACGGAUGGGGCCGUACCGAGACACAUAUACCGGCCGUUUUGGAGAGAUCUGAUUGGUUUACACGCUGCGCUGGUGGAGGACCAAACCGUAGUACUCAACUGUCGCAGCGCGAUGUCGACCAUUGUGCCCGGCCAGUCGGUGAUGGAGUGUGAUGAUGAUAUGCGUGUUCUGAGUACGUUGCUAAAGAAGGGCCAGACCUGUGUUGCGGUGCAGUAUGCAUUCAUCGCGGCAAGCCAGCAUGCACAUACACCGGCAGAUACAGGUACGGACAUGUCUAAGAGAAACACGAACAAAGUAAAGUCGAGGAAGGGCGUGGAUAGUAUAGGCGAUAGUAUCGCAUGUCUGGGUAACGAUGCGGUGAUGUUGGUGGAGCGGGUUGUGCCAGUAAUGCUGCUGCUGUCUGCGGAGGAAGCAAGCGUGUGCGCGCGGAGAGACGAGGUGAUCAGUAUGCUAAUGCUAUCUGCUGACAACCCAUACGUGAUAUAUAACGGUACUAUACACACACCUACCGAUGCGAAGGAACCGAGCGACACGGCUGCACAACCCAGCGGAGUACAGGACGCAGAGUUGGACACAAAUACGUUCAUACACCAAAGAAAAUUGACCGAAGGAAACAGAAGUGAGAGUUCUCCACCACCACCACCUCCUAUCACUGUACUCGCAAAUACCGUAUACUACCACAAGACAGUCGAGGCCAUGCAUCUUAGAGGAUGUGUGUGGGUGGGGCAGGAUACUACUCGCCCCAAUGCCAUACUAGUGCGUACAGUGUGUGCGUUGGUGUGCGCGGGUUUGCCCAGGGAGGCGAUGAGCCUGGUUGCAACCACCUUCUACGGCAUGCCGCUUGCUAUGGUGAACGUGCACGUGGGUGGGCGCAUGCUGGAGCGCUUCUUGGAAGCGGCACGAAGAGAUGCGGAAGCGGAGUGGGAUAGGCAGGUACAGAACACGCUGCAUAACGCACAGACAAACGAGGAUAUGGGGCGUGAGGCAGAGGAUGAGGACAACUAUGUCAGCGGGGUGCCGGCAUUCGCUUGCACAAUGGUUGGGCUGUUGAAGAUGGUAAGAGAAUGUGAACACUAUACAUCACUGCGGCGUGCCUGGUGGUGAUAUAAGUGCGGAUAUGGCGGCACACAAAACAACCUGUAAUGGAAAAUAAACUCUGCAGUCCUGCACUCUAUAAACACUUUAGAAGGCUUGCUCUUCAAACCAUCUAGAUGUCAGCAAACGAACGAUGGUUGCACUGUUGGGUGCCACACACGUGUAUUGAUUGAGAACGACGUAACACAAAACGGUAUACUGCUUUCAAUCCGCUGAAAUUCACAACUUAUUGUGCUAGACCUGCAACUGCUGUAAUUUCUAUUGGUCUCUGAAUUGUUGAGCCUUAUAAAUAAGCUUCCCAAAG